CCUGUCAGAGAUAGACUAUUUAUAUUGCAAUAAACAAAUGUACGGCAAAAUAACAGGAUCUUAAAUGCUGGGCACAAGCGUGUACAGGAUUCACCGAGUAUUUUAUUCGCCACGGUCCUUAUUCACGUGGAUAUAACCGUUGAAUUUGGCGUCGUAAUGAAUCAUGAGGCAGGCUUCGUCCCUGUAUCGUCACGCGUCGCUCACUUGCUGACAAUGUGAACGUUUUUCUGACGAAUUAUGAGUGACGUCUUCACCAGGAGACUCCGAUCAGUGGGGGUGUCAUGCAGAGCAAGAGCCCAUCCCCAACAGGAGGGGACAGCGAGGGAGCUUCGGGAGAUGGGAACCCACUGGCUUCCCCCAUCUGGUGUGGGGAUGCCCAGCGAUGGACCCCCAAGAAUAGAACCCCACAAAUCCCCUUCACCGAAACGACACAUCAAGUUUCUAGAUUCCAGGGUAUACCAUUUGAAGGAAGUCCGAUGGAUCGAUGACCCCUCUUUAGGUAGUGGUUGUUCGUACACUUGGCUGAACCACUACUUAUGGUUGUUGAUGUUGGUCUCGUUUAUGGUGCUAACUCUACCAUGCGCUUCAAGUGCUGGACACGACAGCGGAUACAACGUUAAUUACGCACUCAGUGUCGAUUAUCGAAACGGCGGUAAUGAAAAUACGCAUAAUAACGAGCACAUAGGGGAAGAGUACCCAAAUGUUGGGGCUCCCAGUGGUGCUCGUCCCCAACACGCUAAUGGAGCUCAAUUCCCCAAUGGUCCACCUUACAAAGAAGACAACCGCCCUCCUGGGGAGGAAUACGAAGAACACGACAAAGAACAUGAGUACGGUAAACCUGCCGUUGCACCUCCGGUUGCAGAUCCACGUAUCCCAAGCGAGGGGGACUAUGUAACUUUGAACAAUCAAAAUAAGUUUAAUGUGAAUAGAAAUAAUUACAAUAAUAGAAAAACUCACAACCCUGGGCACCAUUAUUAUGGUUCUAGAACUGGUGAGUCACGCAACAACCCCUACGGCAAACAUAACUACGUGAACCACACGCCCUACGACGUCGCGGCUGAGAAGGCCCAGAGGGAGUUGAACCUUGGCAAGACUGGCGACUCUAGGAUAGGUGGCAAGGUGGCCGCCGUCCACGCUGUCAUGGACACGACGCCUACGCCUCCUAUUGAGUAUCAUUUCCCCAUAGGGCAGCACUGCCAGUUCGACGAGGAUGACGAGGGCUGCAAGUGGGUGUGGGAUCCUGCUGAUCCUAUUAGGAACCUGGCUGGCUUUGAGGUGGUCAGCGGAACAUCGCUGAGGCAGCAGCGCGGGCCUGACGCCAGCGAGUUCAUGUUCAUGCCUGCCGCUGACUACAUGGGCUCCAAGGACGGCCAGUUCCUGUUCAUGGGUCUGUACCCCAGAACGAAUUACUCCAACACCAUGGCGCAGAUACGAUCGCCGUAUUUCCUGGAGAGCGGCGACAAGUGUCGUCUGGAAGUUCAUGUCAACAUCCGCGGCUUCCACGAUGUCACCAACCCUGUGCGGAUGCUCAUCCAAACCAACCAUACGCCAUAUGUUAUUAUGGACAUCAAUAACGACACCAGAGAAAAUAACAUUCGGAUUCGGGAGAUUAUUUGUGUUGGUGAACUGGGCAUGACCUCUAACGCCCCCCUACAGCUGGGCAUGACCUCUAACGUGCCUCCACAGCUGGGCAUGACCUCUAACGUCCCUCACAGCUGGCUGGGCAUGACAUCCAACGUGCCUCUACAGCUGGGCAUGACCUCUAACGUGCCCCCACAGCUGGGCAUGACAUCUAACGUGCCUCUACAGCUGGGCAUGACCUCUAACGUGCCCCCACAGCUGGGCAUGACUUCUAACGUCCUCUUUAGAGCUGGGCAUGGCCUCUAA